AUGGAUUUUAUGUACAAAUCUACACCUGAUCGGAAGUGGACGCUGGCGCGUUUUGCAGCCGCUGCUCUCCGCUCCCCGCUGCCGUUCAUUAUGUGGGCUUCCAAGUGUUACCCUUGGUUUAUCCUUCUCUGGACUGUCCUUUCAAUUCUACAUCAACCAGGGGCAGGCCUGACCCAGUAUUCAGCGGCUGAUCUCGUCCUGCUCUGCGGGCUUCUGUCUGUGCCUCCCCCGCUAGAUCUUCAGCUACACCCUGAGAUCGCGCUCCUUCCCCGCCGGAGAUACAUCCACCGCGGAUCUCGCCGGAAUUUCCACCUUGACGACUCCAAUCCAAUAACAUCAUUCUGGUCCACUUCUCGCCGUUCCCGCCGAUGCUCUUCCCGGGCCGCUGACCGCGGUUCGCUUGCUAACCUGGCUAGGGUAGCAAGCCCCGCCCCCGGUUUCAACACCUCUGCUGUCAACUUUGGUCUCCUGAAUGUCCGCUCUCUCACAAACAAGGGUCAGCUCAUCCAGGAUCUUCUCACUGACCGUAAGCUGGACUUCCUCUGUCUCACGGAGACCUGGCAACAACCCAGCGACUUCUCUCAGCUCAACGCCUCCACUCCACCUGGGUUUGUUUAUCAUUCUCAUCCUCGUGGCUCUGGCCGCGGGGGAGGUCUCGCGCUGCUCUAUCGCGAGAAGUGGAAGAUGUUGCCAGUUUCCACUCCAGUUUUCCGCUCUAUGGAAUGCUUUGUUUUUAAAUUGCCUGGUCCUACUCCCACAGUUAUUGCCACAGUCUACCGCCCCCCCAAACCACACAGCAACUUUUUAAACGAAUUCUCCAUACUACUUACCCACCUCUCUACUCUCUCUCCUAAUGUCAUUCUCCUUGGUGAUUUUAAUAUUCACAUUGACAAUAUAAAUCUCCCACUCACCAAAGACUUUACCUCCUGUCUUGACAGUUCUGGAUUCCAUCAGUAUGUUGACUUCCCCACACACAUAAAAGGACAUUCACUGGAUUUAAUCUGCUGCUCUGGCUUAAUCCCCUCCAGCUGUUCUGCUGAUGAUCAAUUACAUUUGACCCCCUUGCCUUCCCCUCCACCUUUGCUCCUCCCCAAUAGCCAGUCAUUUUGUUGCUUUCUACUGCCCACCCCCUCCGAAAUUUCUGAUCUCAUUCGUAAAUCCAAGUCCUCAACCUGUUCUCUUGACCCCCUCCCCACAGCUCUGAUCAAAACCUGUCUCACUUCCCUCAUCUCCUUCAUAACUACCAUUAUUCAUUCUUCUCUCUCCUCUGGUAUUGUCCCCUCACUUUUCAAAACAGCAUCCGUCUCACCGAUUCUGAAAAAACCUGGCUCAGACCCAACCAACUAUAAUAAUCUUCGUCCUAUCUCAAAUCUUCCCUUUAUUUCUAAAAUUCUUGAAAAAAUAGUGUCUGUUCAACUCCAUGCUUUUCUUACCCUUAACUGUCUUUAUGAACCUUUCCAGUCUGGUUUUCGCCCCUCCCAUAGUACUGAAACUGCCCUUAUAAAAAUCACCAAUGAUCUCCUCACAGCUGCUGAUUCCGGACUCAUCUCCAUCCUCAUCCUCCUCGAUCUCAGUGCGGCCUUUGAUACCAUUUCUCACUCCAUUCUCCUCAAUAGACUUUCUUCCCUCGGCAUCUCUCACACCCCUCUUGACUGGUUCCGCUCAUAUCUCUCCGACCGCACUCAGUUUCAACUCAAAUCUUUCACAUCCCACCCUUCCCCUGUUACUACUGGCGUCCCUCAAGGUUCAGUUCUUGGCCCCCUCCUUUUCAUCACCUACCUACUUCCCCUUGGCAAUAUCUUCCGCAAAUUCAACAUUCAUUUUCAUUGUUACGCAGAUGACACCCAGCUCUACUUAUCCAGCAAACCCACCUCCUCGCUCCCCCCCUUGUCCCUUACUAACUGCUUACUUGAAAUAAAAGACUGGUUCACCUCAAACUUCCUUAAACUAAACAGUGAUAAAACCGAACUCCUCGUAGCCACCAAGUCCACCCUAUCCAAAAUCAAUAGUUUCUCUCUACCAAUCGACAACUCCUUGGUCUCCCCUUCCCCUCAGGUCAAGAGUCUGGGCGUCAUCCUCGAUUCCUCCCUCUCCUUUCAGUCACACAUAAAUAAUAUCUGCCGGUCUGCAUACUUCCACCUACGCAACAUAAACCGCCUCCGACCGUCCCUUACCCCUCACACUGCCUCCAUCCUUAUCCACAGCCUCGUCACCUCCCGCCUUGACUACUGUAACUCUCUCCUUUUUGGCCUUCCUCAAAAAUCCCUCCAUAAACUUCAACUUCUUCAGAACUCAGCAGCUCGUGUCAUCACCAGAACCCCCUCAUUUCAUCAUAUAACCCCGGUUCUUCAGCAGCUCCAUUGGCUCCCGGUUCAAUUCAGAAUACAAUUUAAAAUCCUUCUCCAUACUUUCAAAGCCAUCCAUAACCUUGCCCCUCCAUAUCUAUCAGAACUCCUACACAUCGCCGUCCCCUCCCGCUCCCUCAGAUCUUCCUCCUCUAUCCACCUCACUGUCCCCCAUGCUCGACUCAUCACCGUGGGGAGCAGAGCCUUCAGCCGCUCUGCUCCCCAGCUCUGGAACUCACUCCCACCCGACCUCCGCAACAUCAACUCUCUCCCUCUGUUCAAAACUAGACUAAAAACCCAUCUGUCUUCGCCUCCACUCUGGUCAGCUGGCUUCUCCUCUCGGUCCCCCUCCCACGGACCUUGCAUCAGCCUGUCUCAGUCUCCGCUGCUUGCUCCAGUGUCUACCCCUUGCUCUUGGUUUCCUGACGCUCUCCACGAGAACCUUCCCUCUCGAGCCUCCCCAAGCCUUCCUUUCUCUGCAUCCCACUCCUUGGCGGUCAACACCCACUUGGGUCGAUGGAUGAAGGCAAACCCUGGGAGAAAUGCCAACAUCUAUGAUCUCCCUGGCUUCAUUGCCAAAGAGUUGCCGCAGGCAGUACCACCGGAGGACAUCACAUCAGGGUUCAGAUGCACUUCAGAUGUCCCUUCUCACGUCAGGCCUUUCCCAAAGGCUUGUCCGCGAAAGGCUGUGGCCAAGCCCAGAAAGCAGGCAUUAAGUACCAUCCUCACCGACUCGCCAAGGAAAGAGACUGUAGUGGAGGAGAUAAAAUCCCAAAACACAGCAUCCAACAAUACCAAAAGAAAUUGCAGUGGGGGAAAAAACAGAUGA